AUGAUGAAAAUGGACACGGACAAAAUCAUGGACGACGGGAUCAGUAAUUCACAGGCUUACACCACCCAAAUACUGUACGAUCCGGCACGAAAGAAAGAACCGUCACCAACGUUUCAAACCGAGCGCGAUACCUGUCUGUCGUACUUCUCCAAAUGGAACGAGGCCAACCAGGUGGACUUUGUCGAACAGCUUCUCUCCCGCAUGUGCCAUUACCAGCACGGACACAUCAACGCCUACCUGAAACCGAUGCUCCAGCGAGACUUCAUCACACUGCUGCCCACAAAAGGAUUAGACCACGUGGCAGAAAACAUUCUCUCCUAUUUGGACGCCAAGUCGCUGUGCCGGGCGGAACGCGUUUGCAAAGAAUGGUCCCGCGUCAUCUCCGAAGGCAUGCUAUGGAAGAAGCUAAUCGAACGAAAUGUCCGCACCGAUUCCCUAUGGCGGGGGUUAGCAGAACGUAAAGGAUGGAUCAAAUAUUUAUUCAUACCGAGGCCGGGCGUGACACUGCGACAACACAAAUUCUACCGCGAACUAUUCCCCAAGAUCAUGAAGGAUAUCGAAGCGAUCGAGAACAACUGGCGCACGGGCAAUCACAAUCUCCAGCGAAUAAACUGCCGGUCAGAGAAUUCGAAGGGCGUCUAUUGUCUGCAGUACGACGACGACAAAAUAGUGUCCGGUCUGAGGGAUAAUACUAUCAAGAUCUGGAGUCGUUCGACACUCCAGUGUUGCAUGAUCCUAACGGGGCACACUGGAUCGGUGCUUUGCCUACAGUACGACGAUAAGGUCAUUAUUAGCGGGUCAAGCGAUUCGACGGUGCGCGUGUGGGACGUGAACACGGGCGAAAUGGUCAACACCCUAAUACAUCACUGUGAGGCGGUACUGCAUCUGCGUUUCAACAACGGCAUGAUGGUAACCUGUUCAAAGGAUCGUUCGAUCGCCGUGUGGGACAUGGUUUCACCGACGGAAAUUGGGCUACGGCGCGUACUGGUCGGGCACCGGGCCGCAGUGAACGUGGUUGACUUUGACGAAAAGUACAUCGUGUCGGCAUCCGGCGACCGUACGAUCAAGGUGUGGAACUCGACAAACUGUGAGUUUUUGCGCACGCUGAACGGCCACAAACGGGGUAUCGCCUGCCUACAGUAUCGCGACCGGUUAGUGGUCAGCGGUAGUUCAGAUAAUUCGAUAAGACUAUGGGACAUCGAGUGUGGUACCUGUUUGCGAAUCCUCGAGGGCCACGAAGAGCUCGUUCGUUGCAUUCGGUUCGAUUCGAAACGCAUCGUUAGCGGGGCGUACGAUGGCAAAAUCAAAGUGUGGGAUCUCCAAGCUGCCUUAGACAUUCGAGCACAAACAAACACAUUGUGCUUGAAAACGUUGGUGGAACAUACCGGUCGCGUAUUCCGGUUGCAAUUCGAUGAAUUCCAGAUCGUGAGCAGUUCGCACGACGAUACCAUCCUGAUAUGGGAUUUCCUUAACUGCUCGCCCCAGGAGGAAACGACCGCCCCAUCAUCCGGUGGUAGCAUCGGUCCGAGUAACCAUCACAAUAACAGUGGAAGCAGCAGCGGUAGUGGCUCCAUCGGUGGCAUACCGGGAUACGGUGGCGUCAUGGGUUUGGCCGCUGGCGGUGGAGGUGGUGGCGGUGGCGGCGGCGGUGCAGAUGGCGGUGGAAGCAGCAGCAGUGGCGGUGGAGGAGGCGGCGGUGGCAACCUAAACAGCAGCCUUGUACUGCAAAACAAGACAAACAACAAUGGUGCCGCCAACAACAACCAUCAGAACGAUGAUCUGAGCGACUAA